AUGACUUUAAAGUGUAAAAAUUUAAAUGAAAUCAAUGGUAGAUUAAGUUCAUGACUGUAGAAAAGCAGAUUUAAAAUUUAAAAUACGAAAAAAUAAUCUUUGAAAUGGAAGAAAACGAGAUUUUUUGAUUAAUUUUUUAAAGAAUGACGGUUGAAUGAAGAAAUUGACAAAAAAAAGUUAAUUUUCAAUUGAAAUUAGCCGUGAAUUUGAUGUAGAAUGUCAUGAAAUUAAAUUUGAGCUGGCUGUUUCAGUAAUUCAAGUCGUAUUUUAGGCAAGAACAAGCUGCAUUUGAUCGAGCAAGGCCUCGUUGAAGUCGUGAAAAACAUCUUCGAAACCCAUUUCAAUCGCCGUUUCGUGGACUCGGUCCACUCCGAAAUAGCCCUGAUUUCCACCGCUGUCAUCCGACACCUCUCCAAGACCAGUGAGUUUUGAGGAAUUGAGAUUUUUUGAAUUUUUUUUAAUUUUGGUUUUUGCACUGUGCAAUUUUUUGACUUUGAUUUUUUGGUUUUUUGAGUUUUUUUGGUUUGUAAAAUACGUUUUAGCCAGAUCCAGAGGAUCUUAAAUCAAGUAAAAAUUGAUUGCAAAUCAUUUUCAGAGAAGGGAAAGGAUGAGUUGAGCCGUCUGAACGUCCUUCAACUCUGCGAAGAGUGCAUCCAGAAACUCAGCAACGACCGAGUCCAAUUAGCGAAUAAAAAGAAUCUCUUGGCCAACUGCACACAACUCCAGGACUCCCUGUGUGCUCUCUGCAUCCGCUGCCUGCCCCAACUUGCAUUCCCAGCAACCACGAAGCCUUUUCCGUUGACCUUCCCCAUCCCAAACGAACCGAACAAAAAUACGUAAGAAAAGUUGAAUGUAAAAUUUUUUGGAGGGGAAAUGGUGUUUUUUUGGGUUGAUUUGGAGUUUGAGAGGCAUUUUUGGACCAUUUGAGGGGGAUUUGGAGACUUUCAGGUUUUCGUGGUGGGACCAAGAAAUUUUAUUUUUGGAUGUAUUAGAGUUUUUUUAAUGGAGAAUUUGCUAUUGUUAGGACAGAUGGGGGGAUCCCAGAGGUAUUUUUUAUAAUUUCAGUGAGUUUUUCUGAAUUUACAGGUUGUCGUGGCGGGACCAGAAAAUUUGAAUGAUUAUGUUAAUUUUGAUUUUUGCUUACAAUUAGAUGUGUAAUAAGGUGUAUUUGAGAGUUGCAAACAACUUUUAAACUUUUUUAAUAUGAUUUUUUGAGAUAACAUGUUUUCGUUGUGGGACCAAAAAUUUUUAUUUUUGAUAAAAAAUUUAUAAUGAAUCCAUGAUUUAGGGUCGGUUAAAACACGAUUUUUGAGUUAGGGCACCAGCGGUGGUCUUAGGAAAAAAUCGAUUUUGAGAUUUUUGGCUUAAAAUAGUCGGUAGCACUUGUGGAAGAAAAGCUAAAAAUAUUUUUGCCCAAUUAUGCCCGGAAGGCAUAUUUUUUUACAAAAUACGUUUUUAUACUUCAAAGCCUCUGGAGGCCGACGUGAUCCGGCCACAGAAAUCAAACCUGGCAUACAGAGGUUUUUGACACCCAGGAAUCUGAAAAUCGUAGCCUUUUUACCGUCAGAUUACUGUAACAUGGUCAUACUGUAAUCCGGUCGAUAAAAAUCGACCAUAACUUCUUUAGAUCAAAAAUGCCACAGGAUUUUAUUGCAGAUUCGGAAUCAGCAUAAAAUUCUGCUUCGGAUACAUGUAAAAUAUUUCAAAAUUCCGUGGCCCAACCUCUAUAGUAUAGUGGUUGUGCGCCAGGAUUAUCAAUCUGGCGACCCAGGUUCGAUUCCCGGUGGCUGCAAAUGGCAGAAAAUGGACUAUAAAAGGGCGGAAACUUGGAAAAAAGGGAAAAUAAAUUACAGAAAAUUAAUUUUAUGCUACUUAGGACCAGUUUAAAUGUUUUUGCAAGAAUUCCGCAUAAAUUACCGUUUUUAUGGAAAACGCCUUAUAGCUCGCCGGAAAAUGGAGCAAUCUGGUUAAAAUUUACAUAAAAGGUUACUUAGCCUUCCUACUACAAAAUAAGUCCAUUUCUGCAUAUUUAAUUAAAUUUUUGGGAUAGCCUGGGUUUUCUUUCAAAUUCGGGAUUUUUAGAAGGCGAGCUGCGGCCGAAGUUUAUCGAACGGAACAAUAUUUGACCAAAAAGUCAUAUAAGCUUCACAAAAAGUCAUAUAGGAUUCACUAACAGCACCGGAAUCACACAGCUUGCAAAACUGAGGCCGUCUUGCGUAUCCCACAAAAAACGGAGCGCGUGGACGCUCUAAUGAUAAAUCUACAUGGAGACUUGGUUGGUAAGGAACAGAGGCUAAAUUACGGAACUGUAACAUGCGUGCUUCCACCUGAAAACCAAAUAAACGCUUUAUUUUGUUUGGUCUUACAUUCCUCGGCGGAUAUGUUGAAUAUUGGAUAGAAAGCGUUAUGUGAAUUCACCACAAGCCUUUAAUUGCCAUUUGAGGCGAUCUUACGAAUGCUGUGAAGCGUUUUCCAUAAAAACCGUAAUUUAUGCGUAAUUCUUGCAAAAACUUUUAAACUGGUCCCAAGUAGCAUAAAAUUAAUUUUCUGUAAUUUAUUUUCCCUUUUUUCCAAGUUUCCGCCCUUUUAUAGUCCAUUUUCUGCCAUUCGCAGCCACCGGGAAUCGAACCUGGGUCGCCAGAUUGAUAAUCCUGGCGCACAACCACUAUACUAUAGAGGUUGGGCCACGGAAUUUUGAACAUAUUUUACAUGUAUCCGAAGCAGAAUUUUAUGCUGAUUCCGAAUCUGCAAUAAAAUCCUGUGGCAUUUUUGAUCUAAAGAAGUUAUGGUCGAUUUUUAUCGACCGGAUUACAGUAUGACCAUGUUACAGUAAUCUGACAGUAAAAAGGCUACGAUUUUCAGAUUCCUGGGUGUCAAAAACCCCUGUAUGCCAGGUUUAAUCUCUGUGGCCGGAUCACGUCGGCCUCCAGAGGCUUUGAAGUAUAAAAACGUAUUUUGUAAAAAAAUAUGCCUUCCGGGCAUAAUUGGACAAAAAUAUUUUUAGCUUUUCUUCCACAAGUGCUACCGACUAUUUUAAGCCAAAAAUCUCAAAAUCGAUUUUUUCCUAACAAGGAAAGUACUUCUAUGGGGUGUGGAAUUACCGGUCGAGAUAUAUAUCAAAAAAUUCGCAAAAAUUUUCUGAUUCAGAAUAUAUAAAAAUUAGCUGCCUAAUUUUGGUCUAUUAACGAGUUUUAUCAAUAAAUGUAUUUCUCGAGGAAAAAAUCUGCGGCAACAAAAGCGAGCUCGGUCUCUUCCCUCGGAAGAGAGCGGUGUGGCCGAGUGGUUAGAGCGCUAGAUUGGGAAUCCGAAGGGGACGGGUUCGAUUCCUUUUGCCACACUAGAACCCAUUUUUUACAUUGGAACUACUUUUAAGGUGUAGUUGUGAUCCAAUUUGAUAUUUUAAGGCUUGUCAAGGCCUCAAAAUUUAUUUUAGCACAAAACAAAAUUUUUUUAUUGGUAAAAACACGGUCAAAAAGACACUUGCAUUGUGUCGCGAGAAAACUUCUGAGGACAAAAACAUGUCAUCAGACCAAAAUUAGGCAGCUAAUUUAUAUAUAUUCUGAAUCAGAAAAUUUUUGCGAAUUUUUUGAUAUAUAUCUCGACCGGUAAUUCCACACCCCAUAGAAGUACUUUCCUUGUAAGACCGGGCCCCACUACUGGCUGACGCAGUGACUCAAAAAUCGUGUUUUAAGUCUUUUGAUGAGUUUAUUUUCAAUAUCGAUCUUUUUACAGCCCCCAAAUUUUCAUUUUUAGCCCCUCUAAACCCCCAUUGGACCCCAAGAACAACCCCGAUUUCCAAAAUGAGAACUCAAUGGGCGCGGAUGGAAUGGACUCGGACGACGACGAAGGCAUCGACGAAGAAGAGGACAGCUUCCUCAACUUUAUGAAAGAACCCAAACUCCCGAACAAUGCGAACAAUACCGGCGACGAGGAAAUGAUCGCGUUCCAGUCGGAUGACGAAGAUUCGAACCAAAAAACGGGCCCAAUGGAUGGCGAAAAUCAGAAGCUGCCGAAGUUCAGUAGACAGAAAGCCAGCGAACUCAAGGUGAGAGGGGUUUUGGAGUUGAUUUUUUGAAAGAAAUUUUGGGAAUUUGGGAUUUAAAAAAUUUUUUUUUUGAAAAAUUAGAAAAAUUUUUUUUUGUUACAGUAAGAAUUCGUUGGAUUGAAGGCCUAGAUUUUUUCUGGGAAGUGUUUUGAGCCGAUUUUUUAAUUGAAAAAAGGAGAUUUUGAGAUUUUUUUUGGAAGAAAAAGCAGAAUUUUGAGAAAUAGAAAUUUGGCUUGUUACAGUAAGACUUGGUGGAAUAGAAGCUCGAUUUUGAUCCUUAAAUGGCGCUGAAGGUGCGUAAAAUCGAAUUUUAUUUGCAAAAUUUUCAUUUCAACGCUUUAUUCCUGCAAAAUCUCACAUUUUAUCACCUUAUCCACCCGAUUCCAGGCCAAUUACUCGCCACUUUUCUGCGAAUGGGAGCAAGGCGCCAGCUCCUCGGAUUUCCCCUCCCCCAAACUAAGACGAACAAACGAAGGCCCGGUCCCAACGACCAAUGAGAAUGAAGAGGAAACCAAGAAGUUGGACUACAAAGAAGUCAUUUCUUCCCAUGCCAACGACACAAAAUCCGUUGCACCAUUUGUGAAAAUUGCAUAUCCGGAGCUGGCGAAUCCGGACAUUGAAACGAAUCGAAAUGAUCUCUUGGUCAAUCAGGAUAGCAUGAGGUGGGUUGGAGAGGAGUUUUUGCAAUUUUUGAAGGGUUUCGGAGAGGUCGAAUGUUUUCGUGGCGGGACCCGGAAAGUUUUUUUAAUUGGCGUAUAUCAAAACAUAAGCAUGAAAAAGGUGGUAGUUUAGUGAAUUAGAUGAGAAAAUUGACGGGUUUUUCGUGUUUUGAAUCAUUUUAGGCAUUUUCAGGUUUUCGUGGCGGGACCCGGAAAAAUUUUUUUUAUUGGUUUAUACCAAUAGAGCUUCAAAAAAGUUCUUUUAUAGUGAUUUGGAUAAGAAAGUUUACUUGUUUUUUGAGUCAUUUUAAGAAUUUUCAAGUUUUCGCGGUGGGACCCGGACUGAUUUAAAAUCUUUGAAAAUGGUUGAAAUUUUGGUCUUGCCGGCUUUGAAAAUGUCUGAAAAUAGGUUCUGAGCAAUUUUUGAUUUUUCAUUUUUAUCGGUUUUCGUGGUAGGACCCAAAUUUGGAUUUUUAAUAAUUUUUUGAAAAUUUAAAUUUUUAGAGAAACGGUGAUCCAAAAGCUCUCCAAACUCCGUCAACAUGCCACCGACUCCAACAAACCACGGGUCGUCUUUGAUCUCGAUGAAUUGCACACCCAGCCGGCUUCCCAAAAGCCCCUUUCCAACGAUGAUCUCUCGAGAGUCGGAAACCUGGAUUCAAACUCGAAUCAUUUGAAAUUUGAAAGUCGCUUCGAGUCUGGCAAUCUGCGGCAGGCAAUCCAAGUGGCGGAGAAUCAUUAUGAGUUGGUUUUGUCGCCGGAUAUCAACGAGCUGAGAUCUCAUUAUCAGUGGUUCUAUUUUGAGGUAGGUGAAGGUGAAGAUAAGGGAUUUUUUGGAUUUUUAAGAUGGAAUUUGAUGGUAAAAUGCGAGUUCACGCCUUUCCAUAUUUUUUUGGAGGUGUUAGGGUUGUUUUUGAUCAUUUUUGGAGGGGUUUCCUGAAGUUCAGGGUUUUCGUGGUGGGACCCAACUUUGCAGCCUUUAAUAUACGUUUUUAUAGUGUAAGUCGAUGAAAUAUGUUAUUUAGAAAUAGGAGAAGCCGUUUUUGGGGUGUAUAAUUUAGUUACGUUUUUUAAGUUUUGAGUCCCACCACGAAAUCCUGAAAAUUUUAAAAAAUUGAUUCAAGUUGAAAAUCAACGUGUAAUUUUGAAUUAAAAGUCGUUGCAGACUGCGUUUAGUAUUUAUAAGCCGUGGUUGCAGCGUUUUUGCGAUUUUUUGGCGAAAGGUUGGGUCCCACCACGAAAAAUUGAAAAACUAAAAAAUUGAUUUUUAUGAAGAAAAGGCAAAAUAAGGAUAGGAAAAGUCUUUUUCAUUGUUUGAAUUGUCUGCUUUUUCUCUUUUCAACAUCAUAUGACAUUAUUUUAGGUCUCCAACAACCAAGCGAAUGUUCCAUACACUUUCGAAGUCAUAAACUGCCUGAAAAACACCUCUAUGUUCUCGAAAGGCAUGCAACCGGUCAUGUUCUCGGUCACCGAAGCCCAACAAGGCCGGCCUGGUUGGGUCCGCUGCGGCCAAGCGGUCUGUUACUACCGUAAUCUGUACGUCCCACCGAGUAAUGGGUCAAGUUCGAGUGGAAGCGACGCGGAAAAGCCCACGGGAAGAAGAAGAACGAUCUCGGACGGGAAGAAAAUGAAGGAGUCGACGGAUAAAGAGAACAAGUUAGUUGAUUUUUGAAGGUUUGGAGUGGUUUUGGGAGUUUGAAGGUUUUCGUGGUGGGACCAAAAAAUUUUUACGAGUAUAGUUUUUUGGGGAUAAAAUACGAUUUUUUAUCACUGAGAUCAGUGAGUUAUAAUAUUUUUAUGCCUGGAAAAAUUUAUUUCGGGGAUUUUUUUUUUUUUUUUUGAAUUGUUUUCGUGGUGGGACCAAAAGAAAAAAUAACUUUAAUUAAAAAAUGAAGGGUAAAAUACGGAUGUGGUUAUCGAUACUGUUGAAAAAUAACAUCGAUGAAUGUUGAGCGAGUUUUUUUUUAUUUUUGGACGUUUUCGUGGUGGGACCCAAAUAUUUUUUCAAUAAUUGAUUUUUUGGGUAAAAUACGUUCCUUAUGUGUACGAAUCGAAAAUUAGUUGUGUCUGAGAGGAAGACCAUAAUAAAAAAAUGGUUUGGUAUAUUCGCAUGUCUAAAAACGAGAUUUUCAAUUUAAUUUUUUUUUGCAGAAGCUACUUUUCCAUCCGCUUCUCGAUCCGUUUCCGACACGCUGCCGACGUCUGCUACGUCGCCUACCACUUUCCCUACACGUAUUCGUAUCUUCAAGCCACCCUGGAGCGACAUUUAUCGGACAUGAAUCAUAGUGCAAUAUACGCGAGAAUCGACCGCCUCACCCAAAGCUUGGCCGGCAACCCGGUCCAGCUGGUCACAAUCACCGCCACCGGCGAAGCCGACGCCAUAAAACAACGGAAGUUGGUGGUGUUCACGUCGAGGGUCCAUCCCGGCGAGUCCAACGCCAGCUGGACGAUGCAUGGAAUCUUGAAGAAGCUGUUGUCAAAGGAAGCCCAGGAAUUGAGAGAAAAGUUUGUGUUCAAGCUGGUCCCAAUGCUGAAUCCGGACGGUGUGAUUAACGGCUCUCAUCGAUGCUCGUUGGCUGGGGUCGAUUUGAACCGGGUUUGGGAUAACCCGAGUGAAAAAAGACAUCCCACAAUAUACCAUGCGAAAGGAAUGGUUCAGUAUAUGGUGAGGGAGAUUUUUGAAGGCUUGAAAGGGAAAAAAUCACUUGAUUUUUGAUUUUUUUUUAGUUGAAAGGAGAUGAAAUCUGAGAAAUUGAAAAAAUUCAGGGGAUUCGGGUGUAUUAUGAGUCUGUCGGGAAAAUAAUGAGGCCAGUGUCGUUCUGCUUUCACAAAUCAAUAUCUCUCGGCUUUGCUUGAAAGGCCAACCUAAAAUUUUCAGCAACUGGUCUAAAAAGAUCAAAAAUCCCGAAUCGGAAUGACACGUUAACAAAAAGUGUGGUUUUUUGCCAAUUUCCGGCCAUAAAUAUCGGUGGCCGCUUAAAAUUGCAAGCUAUAAAAUCUCGGAAAUCCCAAUAUAAAGAUGUUUCCAGUUUCAUUAAAAUAUGUCCGCUUUACGUCAAGCUGUUUCCUUUUCAAGUUUUGGUCCAAAAGUCGCCUUCUAUUAGACUGUUUGCAAGUCGCUGGAGUGAUUUCUGCGACAUGCACUGUGCAGUUUGAACUUUUUGUUCUCGCACAGUGCAUGUCGCCGAAGUCACUGUCACUCCACCGACUUUGCGAACGGACUAGUAGAAGGUGACUUUUGGACCGAAACUUGAAAAGGGAAGAGCUUGAAGUAUAUCGGACAGAUUUUAAUGAACCUGGAAACAACUUUAGUUUGGGAUUUUCGAGAUUUUUUAGCUUGCAGUUUUAAGAAGCAACUGAGAUUUGUGGCCGGAAAUUGGCAAAAAAUCAAACUUUUUGUUCACGUGUCAGUCAGAUUCGGGAUUUUUGAUCUUUCUCGAUCAGUUGCUGAGAAUUUUUGGUUGCCGUUUCAAGCAAAGCCGAGAGAUGUUGAUUUGUGGUCUAGACAGAAUGUGAAAAAAUUGAGAGGUUUCUGAUCUCGCAUAUAACCCUUGAAAUUCCAGGUUGACGUCCUCAAAAGGCCGCCCCUCUGCUUUGUCGAUUUGCAUGGCCACUCUCGAAAGUCCAAUGUUUUUUGUUACGGCAAUAAUCCGGAAGAAUCGUGGCGUGCGGCCGACCGUUCUCUGCCCUUGCAUCAAUUCCAAGCCCUCCCGGAAUUAUUGGACAAGCAUGCGGACGGAUUCUCCCUCAAAGAUUGCCGAUAUUCGAUAUCAAAAGCGAAGGAACCGUCGGCCAGAAUCGCCCUCUGGCGACAAUUCGGACUCGACAGAUGCUAUACGAUGGAGUCCACGUAUUGCGGCUUUGAUCAGGGCCCAUUCAAGGACAAACAGAUUGGAAUCCAGGACUUGAAAAGCAUGGGACAGGUCCUAUGUGAAGUUAUGCCGGAACUGGAAGAUGUUGUCAAAAAAGGAGCGUUGCCGACUGGGAAUUUGAAGAGUGUGAAGGCAGAACCGGUCACGAAGACCCCACUGGCGGUUAGCAGUAAGUUUUGGGUUUUUUCAAAGCGAUUUUUUGGAUGAAAAGUGAGGCUUUUGAAGGGGAGGGGGUUUUGAUGAGAUUAGACUUGGAUUUGGUGAUUUGACGGGGAUUUUUAUGGGGUUUCUGGGAAGUUUUGGAAGUAUCGCAUAUAUUGUGUUGUAGUCUAAUGAUUUGGGGGGAAUUUUGAAAAAUCGAAUGGGAAAAAUUGAGAUUUUUUGGGGAAUAAUUGAAUUUUUUGAUGGAAUUUUUGGUUUUGAUGUGUUUUUUAUUUGAUUUUGAGAGUUUUUUGUGAUGUUUUUGGGGUUGUUGAGAAGAUUAGAAUGUAAUGAUACUAAGACAUACUAGUUUUGGAAAUUUCAAAAAAAAAAUUUCACUUCGAAAAAAUUUUCAAAAUUUUUUUUUUAAUCUCAAACAAUCAUUUCAGAAGUCUCCCCACAACUGAUGACCCCAAGCCCAUCCAAUAAUUCCUUUGAACAGGAUCCAAUUCGAGGCCUCCGAACCAAAAGAACCAGCAUUUCCAACAGCACCGUGCAAAAUCCGGCCAAAAAGAAUCUCCUGAAACAGUGGAAAAGCACCCAACAAUGA